CAUGCAGGAAUCCCAUGAAAUAAAUGAGAGGAGAGAAACCAGACUGAGGGGGGCAGAGACUGGACAGUUUGUUUUAACUUUAAAAGCCGCAUGGGGUUCCAAUUUCACCAGACCCUCAAUGGACAGACCGGCUGAGCACCAGAUUCAUCCAAGCUACCCAUGUGAUGAGAAUUUGCUUUGCGCACAGGACCAAGAGAGACAGGAGGACUGAUAACCCAGUAUGAGAGAUCAAGGCACCUUGGCUCCUGGAGUUAGCAUUAUUACUAACUAAGCUGUGGAAGGCAACUUGAUGCAAGACGGCAUUGAUCAGAGAGUGGGUGCCUUACCCUCCCAGAAGAACCACGGAAGGAAAGGGAGUGGAUCCUCGGAAGAAAACACAAGUACAAGAAGAGUUAAGUUGCAGACAUCUUUCCCUCCUAUUCACCUCAGUCUCAUUUCCAGUUUGAAGCCGCUGGAUAAAAAGCACAAGGAUUAUGCGUCCAGUCUGGAUAUUUCUAGAGAUGUACGAGGGGAAAAAAUCAAUUUGCCUCAAGUGGAGAAUGCAUCAGAGAACAUUUCAAAACAUGGGAAAACAUUCCCUGAAAAAUUCAAAUAUACCAAGGAUUACGGAUGCAACAUCAGCUCCCUGGCAAGUACCCCGACCUUGCCCUAUAACAGCCAAAAAGACUCCAGAACAGACAGACAAGCAAGGUUAGAGGUUCCAGUGACAAAGUGCACCACCGACAGGCUAUCGCCAGACACAGCUAAACUCCCAGAAUGCCCAGCAUGCAAAAAUGAGCGGCGAAUCAGAAAUGAUUAUGAUAAAAUCAUCUUGCAAUCAAAAAAGGAGAAGGAGGUCCUGCAACAAAAAGUUAGCCAAUUAGAAGCGGAGUUGGAAAGACUGGAGGUUGUUGCCAAGGGAAUCAGGAAUAAAGAAGGGGAGGUGCUGGCAGUGGCUUUGGAACAGGAGACAGAAGGUCACUCUGAUCUGGGAAGCUUGGAAACCAUUUACAUGAAUAAAGGGCCAAAGGCAAUCACCUGGGAAGACUACAGAUACCUGCAGGAAAAGAAUAAAGAGAAACAGGAAAAGAUUGAUUGCUACACAUCACAAAUUGAAGGCCUAAAGGCUCAGCUCGAUAAAAUGCGAGAAGCUGAAAGGGAACAGGAACAGUUAUACAGAAUCAAGCAAAGCAAAGUGGCUUUCGAUGUGGACGACUUAAAGUCUCAGCUUGAGAAAGCCAAGGAGAAUGAAAAGCUAAAAGUGGCCAAUCUGGAGAAUGAGAAGGCAAAUAUCCUUAUGCAGAUGGACAGUGUGAAAGGUGAACUGGAAAAAUUCAAGAAAAGAAGAUCUGUACUAACAGCCGAGCUGCGCAAGGAAAAGGAUGCUCUCUUCAUGGAAAAUGAAAAGCUAAAAGAAUAUGCAGAUAAGAUAAAAGCAGAGAACGCUGCUCUCUCUGAGACUGUUCAGAUUCUCCAGAAAGACUUAGAGAAGAGGUCCGUGUGCUCUUGCUACCCUCCCCAGGUGUACGCGCCAGGGGCCGAAGUCCUACUCAUCACACACAGAUCCUCUACAGAAAAUGUCCGUGCCGUUGGGACAGAAUAUCAGUACCAAGAUGUGUGCAGCUGUGGGAGAACCCUUCAGAAUGUGAGUUUAACCUCUGCUAAAGGUGUCCUAUCUCAGGCGCAAGAAGAUGACGUGAGAAUAAAAGAGCUGUAUAGACAGAUGAAGCGGGAAAGGAACCUUUUACUGGACGUCAUGGUGAUCAUGUACACGAGGCGCUGGUUUGUGGAAGAAGCGGUGCCACAUGUGAGGAGGGCCCUGAGGAAAUGUGGCGCUUUCUCAGAUGAUAUGGAAUUAGAUAUGGGACACUAAUUCUGGUUAUUGCUAAAGUGAUGCCUUCUGACGUGUGAGGGUUUAUGUUUGUAUAGCGGGCUGAAUGCGUGUGUGGCAUUCCUGCCUUGGGAUACAAUGCUGCUUUUAUGAUAACUGAAGCUCAUGGCUCCUCCCUCAGUGCUGCUAUAACCCUCUGGGUAAGUGAUGAGUGAUGGGCUAUGAAUAGAGGAGCACUGGGGCUUUCCCCACACACAUCCUCGCACCAAAUAAAAACAACUCCAUUGUGAAAUUAUCAUGUGACCUGUGACUCGGUUAUACACAGCAAAAUGCACUCAUUACAGAGACAGAGGGUUAUAAGGUUCAACCCUUCAUUUACACAAUGAACAAGAGAAAGCAAUGACAAGAGUUUGGUUUUGGUCUGUCCCACCUAAUGUUCAUUUUCAGUUAAUUGAAGCUACCACCUGUAUAAACUCAGCAUCUCGCUUAACUGCUCUCUUGGUCUCAUAUAAACACUCCUUUCUUCCAGAAGGUCCAUUAGUGAGAAGGGUCCCAAAGUUUUUGUAUGGCCCAUUAUAUGGUGAAAAUAUACCCCCUAUUGUAAAAUAUAAGGAUAUUAUAAGACACCAAAGUGUUACAUGACUAUAUAAAAGGUAAACAGAACUCCUAAGUGACUUCUAGGGGUACUUUAUUUAUUUUAAUACAUUUCAGUCAUGUCAUGUGACAAAAAUAACAUCACUAAGCACCGAUUUUAACAGAUGACAUCACUAAACACAGUUUAUAAGGUUAUAAUUAACAGGAUAAUAAUUAUGUCUCUAGUGUAAUAUAUAUUUAUGAUUCUGAAUAUUUCAAAGGCCAGUUCACAUGCCUAUAGAGUCUAAGGGUACUGUAUAGUAAUUACAGCACACGCAGUGUUUCAUCUUUAUCUACAUGAAAUAACAUGUGCUGCUUUUGUGCCCAAUGAUGAAUGUAUCACAGCUGCCUUUCCGAGGCUCAUCUUGCACGGACGUUGUUACUCUACUCAGCAGUAUGAAACAAGAGGAGACAACUCGCUUUCGGCCUAAUAUCCAAGCUAAGAUUUUAAUUAACACUGAAAUGAGAUAUUGUGGCCCACAUUAAGGAGCACUGUAUAUAACCCUUACCUGGUGGUAAUGGGGGUCAUCUGGAUGGUUGCGUCAGACUGAUGAAAGGGAUGCCAAGCCCACAUACCUCCUGUUUAUGUGCCACUCAAGAGCCUCAUCCAAGUCUUCUACUCAAGGAACACUUAAAACUGUAAAGUUCAGACUGUAACUAGUUUGAAACUAAAGAUCACUACAGUUACAAUUAAAUUCCAUCACUCUCUAUUCAUUUCUAUGGGGCCAUAUUUACAAAUGGCUGAAAGUGAUAAAUACUUUCUUGAAAAUCUCACAGAAAUGAAUAGAGAGUGGCAGAAUUUAACCCUGUACCUAUGUUAGUAAACCAGACCCAGAAUCUUAAAGCAGAUGUGCAUUUACAUUUAGCCAAUAAGAUGGUUAAUGGGAUCCAAACGUUUUUUAUUCUCUGCACUGCUGGUUCUGACUACUAAAACAACGUAGCAAAAGACAGCUGAUUAACAAACCUGUGAAAAUGCAUGCACAGCAUUGUGGGAAUUGGUGUCUUGGCUGGAAAAGAGUUGCCUAGUAAGAAUCAGCAGUGAGUAGAGAACCUUGUCAUUGACUCUUUUUAAACAUUCCAAAUUGAUGUAUUAGUUUCUAUCAUUUGUCUUAAAUCUAAUUUGAGUCUGUUACAGAGCAUCUGUUACAAUUUGCUAAAUUAGGCAAAGCUUCAAGUCAAGGUGCAUGCUCAGUAGGUGAAACUGCUGAAAAGUGUAAAACCUCGUUUCCUACGAUAUUCGGUGCGUGGAUGGCGGCUCGAAGAGGGACCAAUAUCGCAAAAGGCUGUGGAUAUCGGUCGUCUCGUUGAUAGGCCAGGUUAAAAGAUUUUGAUUGGGCGCUGUUGAAGGCAUGCAAGCAAAGUCUACGUUCAGAGCUGAAUCGGCAGGUGGAGGUAGAAUUUCUAAUGUUUCUACCUCCAUAUCUGAUUCAGCCCUGAACGUCAGUGAAGGGUGGGAACGAUGUUUUUGUGCGAAUGGUCGCACGAAAGAUUAAAAUUGCUACGUGUAUGGCCACCUUAACAACUUAUCAGUAAUGUAACAGUUUAGACAACUGGGGACAGGGCUGCUACUGAGAAACAUGGGGGGGG